AUGCCCCCCAAAACAGAGCAGGAGAGCGCAGAGCAGAACCACAUGUGCGCUCGCUACGAGAAAGCUCUCGAUUCCUUCCUCUCCUGCUCCUCGCCCCCUCCCCAUCUCUCCUCAUCAACAGAGCAGGAGAGCGCAGAGCAGAACCACAUGUGCGCUCGCUACGAGAAGGCUCUCGACUCCUUCGUCUCCACACCAACCACACCGGCAUUGGAGCCAGCAGCGGCUGUGGAGCCGGACCUGCUGUUUGUGUUUGCACGCAAGAAGCAGACGCCUCUCGAUUCAGAUGCAACAGCUCGCCCAAAUCCCGAGCUGGCUUUGGAGCCGGACUUGUUGUUUGUGUUUGCACGCAAGAAGCAGACGCCUCUCGAUUCAGAUGUGACAGAGGAGGCCAGAUCUCGACCCAAAUCCCGACCCCCAUGGCUGCAGUGGACGCUCGUCGCUCAACUCGCCCUGCGCCUCUCACCCUCACCACUGCCGUCUCUGCUCAUUAUAAUCCUCAGUCCUCAUCCUUUCCCCCCUUGGCUGCAGUGGACGCUCGUCGCUCAACUCGCCCUCCCCCCUCUCACCCUCACCACUGCCCUUCACGAAAUCCGAGCCGCUGCUACAGACACAGCUACUGAUUCUGCGGACAACCCUGCUGCUAUACACGAUGCUGGGAGCACAGCUGGCGCUGCUGGUGAGGUCAACACGGGUCGAGCCGCAACUGGAGCAGCUAUUGCCACCGGCUCCGCUUCAUCUGAUUCACCUGCUGCUGCUGCUGCUGCUGCUGUUGCUUCAGACUCAGCAGGAGUCUGGUUUUCAAGCCAGAAAAUGGAUGAGCACGUGCAGAGGUGGCUGAUGGGACGGAUACCCAAGAGAGCGUGGAGUGACUGGUUCAAAGCUGUUGAGAGCGGUGCAGGAGUGUGUGUGGAUAGAGCAGGAUGCAGAGGUGGGUGGCUGAUGGGACGGAUACCCAAGAGGGCAUGGAGUGACGUGGCUCAGUGCGUUGCCUGGUACCGACGAGACCUGGUGUUUGCCAGGCAUCCUUCUUUUGAGUCACUAUCACAAUCACAGUCGAACGUGCUUGUGAGCGGCCUGAAGCAGGCCCUUGGCUUGCCAGCUGCCGCCACGCGUGCUGCUGUGCUGGCAGCGUACGAGGCCGCCACGUGGCGGCAGCAGGCCUCCAUCCUGUGCCACGUGGCACGCCUCCAGCUCAGCGCUGACUGGGACUUGCUGGGCCUGUCUGAUGCUUCAGCAGGAGGAUACAUUGUGACAGGCGAUGGUGACAAUAGGAGUGGUGACAAUAGCGAUGGUGAUAGUAAUGAAGAUGAAUGGGGAGAACAGGAUCAGACGGAGGAGGAUGAAGAGGAUGAGGGAGAGAGUGGAGAGGAGGGAGAGGGGGGGGAUUCAGAAGCGGAGGAGGGGGAGGAGGAAGAUGAGGAUUUGGUGUGGUCAGAAGCAGAGGAGCAGAGAGCAUUAGCUCGAGAUGCAGAGAUGCUGAAGCAGCAGGGGGGACAAGGAAUUACUAGUCAGAGACUGUUGGGUGAAGGUUUAACUGGUGGAGGUGACAUUGACGUUCUUGCUGGUGGUGGUGGUGCUGCUACAGCCGGAGCUGCUGGCGAGAGAAAUACUGAUGGCUCAAUUAGUGAUGGUGGUGACGAGUUGUCUGUAAUGGAGCGGACUCUAGUGAGGAAAAAGGAGGAGGCAGCUGGGGAGGUGAAGGCAGCAGUGGGACCGUUUGAUUCGGUCAGGCUGAUUGGGGAGCUGACACUGCUGCACGCUAUUGAGAGUGGAGAGGAGACAUUCUGA